AUGCUCGAGAUACAUAAUAAUAAUGAUAUAGUAGUUACAAAUAGAUUACCAUGGAUAAUAGAAUCAAAGAUUAUUUAUAUAUUAUGUAAUUAUCGACAUGAUAGAUACAAGGCAUUCAAGAUUAAAGAUGUGUAUAAUAUUGCAGGUGUAUCAAAAGCUUGGAGAUAUGCAACUCGGAGAUCAUUGAAUGAUAUUGUUAGUUGGUGUAUUCAAAUAAAUAUGAUCAAACUUGAAGAGUACAGAGAACACUAUGAAAAUGAUCUAUGCCUAUUGUCAGCUGGUGAAGGUGAUGGUCAUCACAAUAAAGUCAAGCUUAUGAUUGAUGAUGCAUCGAGUAAAGUCACUGCCAUCAACAAACAAUACGUAGACAGUCACUUACAGUGGUUUACAGAAUCAAUUAUAAAAAAGACAACAACAUUGUAUUUUGGUAGGAGUGAACUAAGUAAUUGGGUCAGUCACUUCUCUCGAGUUGGAGGACCUAUUCCAACUCUUACUACAAUGUUUAUUUAUAAUGUAGCUGUACCACUCUACCUAUUCAAUCAUUUAAAAGAGUUACAUAUAACAUUCUACAAGAGAACAAGUCAAUAUAUAUGUAGUGUAUUGGAGAAUUGUCAUAGUCUAGAGUCAUUGUCAAUGGAUAUUGGUGAUUGUCCCAAUUUAGACAUGGACAUGAUAUUUUCAAGUAUACCACGUAGUACUCUCACCAAGUUAUGUUGGGGUGAACAGUACCAAUACCAACCUCCAUACGAUUCAGCCGUCCAAUCAUAUCCAUUCCAUCUAUUACCGAAAACGAUACGUGAGCUUAUAGUAUGGGACCCAACACAAAUGUGUUCACAAUCAUACUAUGACUUUGUACAAGCCAACUCGGUUCAUACAGUUGCUCAAUACAGUCUUUCAACACUAGAAUGUAUCCACUUUUUAUCGUCUCCCUCUUCUCCAAUCAAAGACCUCUAUCUAGAUGUUUGUGACAGUCCUCCAUUCUCAAUCAAAGAAAAGGCAUUAAUCCCACCAAUGUUGGAAUCAUUGGAACUAAAUAUUAGUUCUGAAACGUGUGAUGAUGUAUUGGACUGUAUUUUCAAUCAUAGUGGUUCGUUACCAACCCUUUUCACUAUUAAACUCGAUACAGCCUGUAUUAUCCAACUCACUCGGUUCAUUCAAAAGAGUAAAUCCCUUAAAACCAUUCAUUUGCACUAUGAAUUUUCAAAUCAAUCGAUAAAUGGUCCAUGUGAUAGUUGGGAACUAUUCUUGGAUGCAAUUGCCAACAGUCCAUCCAUCGAACUCGUUUAUCUUGGAUUCAAAGAUACUGAAAUCAUCAACAUUAUAAAUACAUACUUGAAAACAAAUCAAAACAGUAAUCAAUUAGAAUUUAAACAGCAACAAUCAAUUAUUAUCAAUACUCGUAAUGUUAAACCAUAA